UCAGUGUUCAGAACUCCUAAUAUCCUGGGUGGACUUGGCUACCGAGCCAGACGUUCGCCAGGCGCCGUUUGCUCAGGUUCUAGAGAGAGGGGAAGUGAAUGAUCUGAAAAUGCAGCAGUUCAGGUUGUUGGAGUCUCCGCCGCAGCAUAUCCCGGCGUCCGUGCAGGACUACAGCACGAAUAAGAACGUGCACAAGACGACGAACACGGUGGUCGUGGACAUCCUGCCGCCCGCCUACACCACUGCGUCGCUCCUGCAGCAGCAACAGCAGUCGGCGUCGCCGCCGUCGCAGCCCGUCACCAAAUCCGAGCCCUCGAAAAACGAUUCGAGCGGCGGGGGCGGCGGCAGCAGCGGCGGCGGGGGCGGCCCGGAGGGCGGCGCGGGCAGCAUCCGGCGCUACCGCACGGCAUUCACGCGCGAGCAGCUGGCGCGCCUCGAGAAGGAGUUCUUCAAGGAGAACUACGUGUCGCGGCCUAGACGCUGCGAGCUCGCCGCGCAGCUCUCCCUGCCAGAGUCCACCAUCAAGGAGAAACAAGGAGAAUAA